AUUACAGCUGCAGCCAUGGACAUCUGCUCAGCACCCUCUCACCCUCUGGUUCAACCUCCCUGCCCUUCUGUUGCAGAUUUGUCCGCCCAGGGGAGUAAGUACAUCGAUGAGGAAAUUCAAAACGCUGUCAAGGGAAUGAAAGAGAUAAAAGCCCUCAUGAGCGAAACAGACGAGGAGCGUCAGACACUGCUCAACACCCUAGAGAAAGCCAAGAAGCAGAAAGAGGAUGCCAUCAAGGUGACCAGGGAUACCGAAAUGAAGCUGAAGGCAUCCCCAGAGGUGUGCAAUGAUACCAUGACGGCCCUCUGGGAGGAAUGCAAGCCUUGCCUGAAACAAACCUGCAUGAGGUUCUACACUCGCAUCUGCAGAAGUGGCUCUCCGGCCGUUGGCCAUCAGCUGGAGGAGUUCCUGAACCAGUCGUCUCCUUUUUACAUCUGGAUGGACGGUGACCGUGUUGACGCCCUGAUGGAGAGCAACCAGGAGCAGACCUACAUGAUGGAUGACAUGGAGGGCCGCUUCAGCCAGCUGUCCAGAGUGCUGGACGAGCUGUUCCAGAGCCGGGUUUUCAGGCCCGAGCCCCUGAAGCCUCUCUUCCGCCUGCCCUUCGGCUCCAUCCAUGACCAUUCUUUCCCUAAGACCCACUUCUUGUACCCCAAGUCCCGUGUGGUCCGGGAUACGGACCCUUUCUUUUUCCAUAAGCCUUUGAGCUUCCUGGACACCUUCCAGCCCUUCUCGCACCUGAUCCAGCAGGCUCAACAGGCCAUGGAUAUCUCCCACCAGCCCCUGCUGGGGGGGUUUGCUACAGAACACAACAAUGAUAGCCGCCUGGUGUGCCGAGAAAUACGCCGCAACUCCACGGGCUGCCUGAAGAUGAAGAGCCAGUGCGAGAAGUGCCAGGAGAUCCUGUCCGUGGACUGUUCUGCCACCAACCCUGCCCAGGCCCAGCUGCGACAGGAGCUUAAGACUGCCCUCCAGAUUGCGGAGAAAUUCACCAAGCACUACGACGAGCUGCUCAAGUCCUACCAGCAGAAGAUGUUCAACACCUCCUCCCUGCUGGACCAGCUCAACCAGCAGUUUAGCUGGGUGUCCCAGCUGGCUAACAACACCCAAAACAGCGACCACGCCUAUCUCCAGGUCUACUCGGUCACUGCCAGAGCACCUGGCUCCAAGUCCGAGGACAGUGAGGUGAUGGUGCAGCUCUUUGAUUCUGACCCCAUGACUCUGACGGUCCCCAAAGAAGUCGCCUGGGACCAGCCUAAAUUUAUGGAGAUCGUGGCAAAGAAAGCGCUGGACCAGUUCCGCAAGAAGCACCAAGAGGAGUAAGAUGUGAAUGCUGCUUUCCACGUGUGGAGCUUCUGAGUCCAGUCCUUCUGGGAUAAAGCCAGGCCAAGAGUUCCGCACAGCACCAAGUAGCUCCACCCCUGUUUCCAAGCCCCUCCCUCCCACCCGUCCCGCCCCACCACACCUCCCUCCUGGAGUCUGCACUCGCCUGCUGGCAGUUGCCGCAGUGGGAACCACUUCUUCCAUUUGCAAGUAAUUCAAUAAAACUGCCUUGCGAUCAA